UAUCGCUCACGAUCGUAUCGGUGGUGUAAGCAGUUCAGUAAAACAGAUGAAUUAAUGUUUUUUGUUUUUUUUUAAUUAAUUGUGGGAUGAAUUAAUUUAAAAUACCUAAAUGGCGUUCGGCAAGGUUGCAUAUUAUCUCCUACACUAUUCAAUAUGUAUGCAGAGUGCAUCAUGAGAAUUGCCCUUGAAAAUUGGGUUGGCAGUCUCUCAAUAGGAGGAUGGCAGUUGAACAACCCUCGAUAUGCAGAUGACACCACUCUAGUGGCCACCAAUUUAGAAGAACUUCGGAUGGUGCUAGAAAGGGUGAAACAAGAAAGUGAGACCCUAGGCCUACGACUGAAUGUAUCCAAAACCAAGUUCAUGGUCAUUGGUGAAAAUCAUCCCACUGAUACCCUAAUAGUUGAUGGCAAAGAAGUCGAAAAAGUCACCCAGUUUAACUUCCUUGGGGCUCUUGUCGCUGUGGACGGGGGAUGUAAACAGGAGAUCAGAAGACGCUUGGCAAUGGCAAGAUCCGCUAUGAACAAACUAACAAAUAUCUGGAUCGACCGAGGGGUCACCAAAGCAACAAAAACACGAUUAGUCCAAGCAUUGGUCUUCCCCAUCGCAACCUAUGCUUGUGAAACAUGGACACUCACAAAAGAAGAUUGUAAAAGGGUUAAUACUUUUGAGCUCUGGUGCUGGCGUAGACUACUGAGGAUACCUUGGACUGCAAAACGAACAAAUGUCUGUUUUAAAAGAAAUUGGUCCUAAAAAAAGACUAAUCAAUGCAGGCGACAAGAUAACUGCCUUGAAAAGGUUCUCGUGCAGGGCAAGAUUGAGGGAUCAAGAAGACGUGGACGUCCUAGGUCCAGAUGGAUCAACAGGAUCACAUCUCUAGUUGGACAACCUCUACCAAAGGUGUAUGAAAUAGCUGCGAACCGACAUAAGUGGUGGGUCAUCACAGAAGUCAGGAACUGUCAGCCAUGACGGAGACGUACCAAUCAAUCAAUCAAUUAAUCAAUCAAUCAAAUGAGAGUUCAUGGCAUUGGUGAACGAAAUAAAAAAAUAAAUAAGAAGAAAUACUGCGGCGGGUUCACGAAACAAUUACCCUGACUACCUCUGACGCUCGACUGUAUAUUGUAUACACAAAGCGAGAGCAUUCCAACAGAUGAAAUCUAUAACCAGUAAAUUUACCUAGUAACAAAGAGGUCAUCAAGAAAAUGGUAAUCUCUUAUGAGAAAUAGUCUGUAUUUCUGAUUUUUCUUAUCUUUUUGUGUAAAACUGAAAUUGAUGCCAAUAUUUUUCUAAGGUUUAUAAUAGUUAGAGUAAUCC